AUGGAGGUGGAGAUACUGACUAGAUUACCCGUGAAGUCUCUUAUGAAGUUCCUAUGCGUGUCCAAGACUUGGUCUUCCCUUAUCCGAAGCCAAACAUUCGCCGCUUCUUACUACGCUAGGUCCUAUGAGACGCGUUCGAGGUUUAGGGUAUUCGUCCAUGGUGGUGCCCAGCGUCUCCUCAUCUUCUCGGGAGAGGAGGAAACUUUCUCUUCUUCUUUGGAUGCCAAUCUAGACAUGACAGUACCCUCAGUGACCUUGGCUCUCGGCGGCUCCAAGUGUACUUCCGUCCACGGCUUUUUCGGCUGUUGUCAUGGUUCAAAUUUCACUAUAUGUAACCCUAGCACGGGGCAAAUCAUUACCUUUCCCUGCAAGGGACCGUACACAUCCUUGGGAUACGAUCCUGUUGAUGAUCAGUUCAAAGCCUUGACCCUGGUGCCAGCUCUGUAUAGUAACCCUAGUUUCAUAGUGCACGAGGUUAUAACACUUGGAGGACGAGGAGGAAGAGGAGUAGUAUCUCGUAGUAAUGUUACCUCUCCAACUUAUUGCCCUAUGACGAAGGGACUAAACAUUAAUGGUUUCAUGUAUUUUGGUGCUUGGGCUCCAAGUCACAGAACGACUCCUGUGUUUGUGUGUUUUGAUGUUAGAUAUGAGAGGAUACUAAGUUUUAUCACAACGCCUAAGGAUGUCCUGGUUUGUGAGGCUUUUUCAAUAUUGAUAGAAUACAAAGGGAAGCUAGCUGUCAUCGUACCACGCCCUUCUGGUGAUCCUUGUUUCGACUGUUUUGAUCUGUGGAUACUGGAGGAUGUGACGAAACAUGAGUGGUCCAAACAAACAUUUGAGCUUCCCUUGUCUCUUCCCUUCACUGCUGGAAUGGGUAAGAGAAUGAUCUCCCAGGGAACCAACAAGGCUGGUGAAAUCAUUUGCAUUUGCUGA